CAAUUUUAUGCUACUUACAUAUGCAUAGGAAAGAAUUUUUGGAACUAGAAAUUGUUCAUAAUUUUUCAACUUCCGGCGACACAAACGCCAAAUAUACCGACUAGUUGUAACUAUAUUUAUAUCGUGGUUGGUAGCUAUUGGAUGAUUCUUUAGCAAAGUACUAAAUUGUAAUUAUUGGUUGUAAUUAUCUAAUAUUUGACGUUUCAAUCAAAACAUAACUUAACCUUAUUCUUGCAUUGUUACUUUAUAGAUAAGUAUUGCUUAUUUGUUUAUUAAAAUGCAGUGUACUCAUGGUAUAACAAUAUACUGUAUAAAUGUUACCUGAAAGUGAAAAGAAUAUAGACAACAUGAUAGAAGGAGGAGAUACACAAUCCAGUGCAACAAAUGAACCACAUACUGAAUCUUCGGAGUCUAGAAUUGUACAUAGUGAAGGAUUACAUGAAGGUACAUCUAUAUCGAUAUCCCAAACUAAUCCUGAAACUGGUCAGGAACUACUUACGGUUCAUGGAGCAACGCAAGGAGAGAGUAGUGAUGCAGUUAGUAUUCAUACUGCUAGUACCUCAGCCUCUGGCAAUGAAUCCAGUUCUAGUAGAGUAAGUGCGAUAACAGUUAUACUACCUUGGGGUGCUCAAAAAGAAACAGUAAGACCCCAACAAAUUGGAGACAUGGAUUUAAGCCCUGGAGAAUUUGUAAUGCGUACUUCAUUUGCUAAAUUCACUGCGCAAGCAGAAAAAAAAAUGGAAGCAGUGAUGACAGAACAUGAGAAAGCACUUUCAAAAAUAUUACAAAGAGGAGAGGACCCACAAUUUGAUCAGCUUUUAUCGGCAUUCGGAUCAGUUGCAGAACAUUGUUUACCUUCUAUUUUACGAGCAUUAUUUAACUGGUAUGAAAGACAAUUAGGUGAUAAAGGUAGUGAUCAAAAGAAACCUGCUGCUGGAAAAGAAGAUCAAAAAGGCAAAAGUAUAAUGUAUACAAUAGUAUCAGGAAGUGUAGAAACAGUAGAAAGAAGCGAAGCAGACUUACUUCAAGAGCGCAGAGAUCUUGCUGUUGAAUUUAUAUUUUGUUUAAUGUUAAUUGAAGUAUUGCGACAAUUGCCAUUUCAUCCAGGACACGAAGAUUUAGUAACAUAUAUUGAAAAUAUUGCCUUUAAACAUUUUAAAUAUAGAGAAGGUAUACAAAAUGAACCCAAUGCUGCGAAUAUACAUAUUAUUGCUGAUCUCUAUGCGGAAGUGAUUGGAGUUUUAGCACAAUCAAGAUUUAUGUCUGUUAGAAAACGUUUUAUGGUAGAAUUAAAAGAACUGCGUGCUAAAGAACCUGGACCUCAUACUACACAAAGUAUUAUUUCUUUAUUAAUGGGAAUGAAAUUUUUUAGAGUUAAGAUGGUACCGAUAGAAGAAUUUGAAGCAUCUUUUCAAUUUAUGCAAGAAUGUGCGCAAUACUUCCUAGAGGUUAAAGAUAAAGAUGUAAAACAUGCUUUAGCUGGUUUAUUUGUUGAAAUAUUGGUACCAGUUGCUGCUGCUGUUAAAAAUGAAGUCAAUGUACCAUGUUUGAAAAAUUUUGUUGAAAUGUUAUAUUCUACGACAUUAGAUAUGUGUACUAAAUCUAAACAUAGAUUGGCAUUAUUUCCUCUUGUAACAUGUUUAUUAUGCGUUAGUCAAAAAACAUUCUUUUUACAAAACUGGCACUAUUUUCUGGCUAUGUGUCUUUCUCAAUUGAAGAAUAGAGAUCCUAAAAUGUGUAGGGUUGCAUUAGAGGCUUUAUAUCGAUUACUUUGGGUAUAUAUGAUACGAGUUAAAUGCGAAAGUAAUUCAGCCACACAAAGCAGAUUACAAAGUAUAGUAAACUCUUUGUUUCCUAAAGGAUCCAAAGCAGUAGUACCCAGAGAUACACCUUUAAAUAUAUUUGUCAAGAUUAUACAAUUCAUUGCACAAGAAAGACUUGAUUUUGCAAUGAGAGAGAUAGUAUUUGAUUUAUUAUCUGUGGGUAGGCCAGUCAAAAUAAUUCUAACACCUGAAAGAAUGAGUAUCGGGUUACGAGCAUUUUUAGUAGUAGCAGAUAGUCUUCAACAAAAGGAAGGAGAACCACCUAUGCCAAGAACUAUGGGUGUAUUACCUAGUGGGAAUACAGUUCGCGUAAAGAAAACUUUUCUAAACAAGAUGUUAACAGAAGACACAGCUAGGAGUAUAGGAAUGUCCUCUUAUUUUCCACACGUUCGCAGAGUGUUCGUUGACAUUUUACGAGCUUUAGAUGUUCAUUACGGUCGUCCGUUAAUGAUGACAAGUACCCAGAAUAUGAAUAAAGAACCAGACGAAAUGAUUACGGGUGAACGUAAGCCUAGAAUAGAUCUUUUCCGUACGUGUGUCGCUGCAGUGCCUCGUUUGAUACCUGAUGGAAUGACUGGAGCAGAGCUAGUUGACUUAUUGUCACGUUUAACCGUACACAUGGACGAAGAACUUCGUGGAUUAGCAUAUCAAAGUUUACAGACUUUAGCAUUGGAUUUUCCCGAUUGGAGACAAGAUGUUGUUCUAGGAUUCACACAAUUUCUUGCCAGAGAUGUUCAAGAUACCUUUCCUCAGCUUGUUGAUAAUGGCUUAAGAAUGUUAUUACAACUUCUUACAAGUUGGAAGAAUGCAUUAAUUAGUCCUAAUAUUAGAUUGAAAGAACAAACAGUGGACAAUACAAGAUCGAAUAUACGGCCGAACGUAGAUACGACUAUAAAAAGAAGUGAAUCCGGACAAAAAGUAGAACCAGUAUCGUGCGUAUUUCAUCUGGUAGAAGGAUUUGCAUUGGUAAUGCUUUGCAAUUGCCGACUUUAUCCUCGACGAUUAGCUGUACAUAUACUACGCGAAUUAAAAUUCUUAUUAAAAAUAUUAGGAACUUCUGAUGACGAUCAACCUGUUAUUGAUGUGAUAGAUGCUUGUUGUCCAACUGUAUUAGAAAAGUGUUAUCAUAUGUUGCCACCAGCAGAGAAAGCAGCCGCUGCAUCUACAUUUAAUAUUGAUCUUCAAUGGAUAGCUGAUAGAAGUAGUUGUGUGUGGACAGCAGGGUUUCAUGAUGAAAAUAGCACAAAGAGUUCUUCUUCUUUGAAUUUAAAUGGAGCUGAUCCGUGGGGGACCUGUUUAUUUGCAUUUUUGGAAAAGGACAGAGUACUUACUCAGUGUUCCAAUGCUGUUGCUCAUUCUUGGCCUAUCGUUUUUACAAGAAUAAAUUCUUUAUUUUCGGUAGUCGAUCCUACACCUGUCAAUGAUAACAGAGCUUCUCUUCUACGAAGUUCUACUGCAGUACGGAAGCCAGUAAACGAGCGAGAUGUUUACAUGCACGUUUGGAAAAAUUAUUUGACUUUUGGAUAUAGAGUUGUACCACCUGUUCCAAGUCCUGUUGUUCGCUGUGCCAGCCCAGAUCUUAGUCUCAGUGGUCAGCAUACGGUGGAGUUUGGUGUGUUGUGCAUGAGUAAGGAGUUGAGUCAGAGCCUGGAGAACCUCGGCGGGGUGCAGACCCUGCCGGGCCGGUUCUCCGUUCCGUCCAUUUCCGGCAUCUACAUCAGGCAUAAGCGGACCAGCUCAUCGCCGGAUAGUCUUUCUGCUGAAAGAGGUGAUAACAAGUCGCCUGGAACUAACGCGAGCCCCGCGGCUCUGUACAAAUUGACAGUACCUCUUUUGAGAUGCGAGGCAAUCGAUGUUAGAGAUGCAGCUGUACAGGCCAUCGGUAAAGUAAACGCCGAUGCUUUGAAAGAUUUGAUGGAAGAAUUAGUUCCUUAUAUACGCGAGGCUGUUGAUCGCAAACAAGAAAAUAUGAGACGUAGAAGACGAAGAGAUGCUCUCAGAUUGCAAUUAGUUCGCGUUUUGGAAUUGAUCGCCGAAUAUGGAACAUUUGGAAUCUGUCCAGCCGUAUUAGAUCGCGAGACACAAUCUCUUCAUCCAACAUUCGUCGAGUAUAUAGACGGUGCGCGUAUUUAUUUAGAAAAUGAAACUGACAAAGAAGCUCCCGCAGUCAGGGAUAUAAAAUUACACUUUUGUAACUUUAUAAGAAAGAUGAUAGAAAGUUUUUCACUGGAAACCUGUCACAGUUUAUUGAAGAGGGAUUUAAGACGAAAUUUAUUUAUGCUCUUUGCUAGUUGGGCUGGACCCUAUGGUAGACCUCUAACAAGUGUAUCAUCUUUGCACGAAGAAGAAAAGACAUGUACGGAAUUACAAUUUUCGGCACUACAAGCCAUGAGUGGUUUAUUAUGUUGCGGACCGUGUUUCAAUCCGCAGUCUCUUUCCGAGGAGGGUGCAAUAUUAUACCAAUGGCUAGAUUUAUUAUUAGCUAGUAAGGAUGAAAAGAUUUAUGCUCUGGCACGCGAAACAGUUGUUUUAUUAUUGGAAGGAAAUCCUGAUAUUGGUGCACUUCUUGAUUGGGUAGUUGAUAGAUGCUACACAGGCGCUCCCCACGUUGCUGAUGGUUGUUUUCUUGCAUUAGCAACAAUAUUUAGUGCAAGGGAAUAUCCUUGCGAUCAUUAUACAAGUAUCAUUAACGUAACAUUAAUGAAUACUGGUUGUCCACGUGCACCUGUUCACGAUGAAGCUCUUCAACUUCUUCAGCUCUUAGAUCAAAGAUUUUUUGGAAACGUGGGACCAUUGCCAGCCACAGAACCGGAAACUGGUCAGGAAGAUUUAGCCGGAAGUUCGACAGCUACCGCUUCAGGUGCAAUUCAACAAUCAAAUCCUACGGCAGGUGUAUCAUCAAGUGGAACUAUUAGAGGUGGUACCCUCGAUGUUUUACUUUCAACAACUUAUUGUCGCAGUCAAAUGUAUUUAUCACGUCAACUUGCUCAAUUACAUCCAGAAUUGACGAUGCCUAUGUUCAGCGAAAUCACACACAGAUUUCAAACAGCCCGCCGUGAAGUAAGACAACUGUUGCUUCAAUAUUUAUUACCUUGGUUGCAUAACAUGGAAUUAGUUGAUCCCAACGUACCACCACCAUCAAAUCCUCUAAGUUAUUAUCAGUAUUACGCGAGUGAAAUAACACGAGGUGGAGCACGUAGAGAAGGAUGGGGUAGCGCAGAGGCAACAGAAAUGGUGCUGAACAAUUUGUUUUACAUCACAGCAAAGUUUUCCGAUGAACAUCCUAAAGACAUCGAAGAACUGUGGGCAACACUUUGUGGUUGUUGGCCUAACAAUCUUAAAGUAAUCCUACGUUAUCUUAUAAUUGUAUCGGGUAUGGCUCCUCAAGAGUUACUAUCUUAUGCCAAACGAGUGGUACUCUACUUGGCCAGAGCACGACCCGAUCGUCUCGUAGACGAAAUGAUGACCGAAUUGCAAACAGUCGAGACACUUAAUUGUUUGAUCGAGCGUACAGAAACACCACCAUUUUAUCGGUUAACCAGCAUGCGUAAGGCAUCGUCUCACAGCGAUGCACCUACCGCGGAUCCUGCUAAUCCUCCGCGAGAUUUGGGAGUCGAAAAAGGUACCAUUCAUACUAAACGACAUUCUGGCGAGGAUCCCGUUAAAACUGGUUCCAAGUCCGAUACUGCGUUACGUGCUCUCGCUGGAUUUCAAACCCCGAGGGCAGAAAAAACUAGGACAGCAAGUGGGCCGCCAGUUCUUCCGGACGAUUUGUCGACUCCUACGACGGAAGUCGAACUAACUACAGACGAAUCGUGUUAUAUCGCACGAACUGGACCAGUGGGUUUGAGUGGUAAACCUCAAUGCAUUGGUGAAAAAUUUGACAUACCACAACCUCACCCAUUGCCAAUGCCAGAAUACGGCGGAUAUUUUGCACCCUUAACCGAAUACCUUCCUGACAGUUCGCAGCCCAUAAGUGGCUUUCAUAGAUGCAACAUAGCAGUUAUGCUGCUGACCGAUGUUGUUGUAGAUGGAGUACAAGUUGAUUGGACAAUUCAUGUUCCUUUGAUGUUGCAUAUUGUCUUUUUGGGUUUGGAUCAUUCGAGGCCACUCGUAAGAGAUCACUGUCGCUGUCUUAUAUUGAAUUUACUAGUCGUUCUUGGUGAUCACAGAGAUCAUCUUGGGGUAGCAAGAAUCUUACUUGCCUCGAAGACCAAACAAUUAGGUUUAGGUCUUCCUACGCCAGCUUUGCCAGUUUUAGAACAUAAUUUCACCGAAGUUGACCCAGAAUUUGACAGUUAUCUGUAUGGACCACCGCCAGCACCUCCACCCACUACACCUCCACAUUCUUCUUCACCUCCUCCGUCCUGUACACCGCCUCCACCACCUCCUCCUCCGCCACCACCAUUGCCUCCUUCAUUUACGGAGACAUCUUCGUGUUUUCCUGCACCACCUCCUCCUCCACCACCACCUCCUCCACCGUCUUUACUAUCAUCAGCUAAUGGUACUCCCACUCAUUCACCCGUCCCUGUAUCUGUGUCCAGUACCCCAAUAUCAAUGAGUCAUGUAUUCCAGCAACUCGUAGACAAUUGCAAAGAUUAUAGCAGUCCCCAUUCGUAUGAUUCAACGGUAUGCAAUAGUUGGCCAGCAACAACGGGUACAGGCACAACUAUACCACCUGUUAUAGUUACACCAGAGGAUAGUAAUAAUUGGGUUGGACCUCAACCUGGUCCCAACAUGCCUAUUCAAGAUGUUAUCAAAUCUUUGAUUAACUUUCUUGCAUCUAGAAUAAAUCAACCUUUAUGGAAUUAUGAAGAUAUGACUGCUAAAGUAUGGUGGGUUCGUAGUGCCGAACAACUCACUAUAUUGUUACGACACGUUUUAAGAGUCUUCCGUGAUUCUUUACCUCAUGCAUUAGUAAGUCAAAGAUGGGCUCAAAUUGCAUUGCAAUUGGGAUUGUCCUGUUCGUCAAGACAUUAUGCUGGACGUUCUCUUCAAGUGUUUCGAGCGUUACGUGUUCCUAUUACAUCACGCAUGCUAUCCGAUAUUUUGUCUAGAUUAGUUGAAACGGUUGCUGAACAAGGCGAGGACAUGCAGGGCUACGUGACGGAAUUACUUUUAACUUUGGAAGCUGCUGUUGAUUCAUUAGAAUCCGAUUUUAGACCAUUAGAUUUUAUGAAAGAAAUAUUUAAAUCAACCCCCAAUUUAAAUAACAAAGAUCCCGUAUCUGGUAUUGUGAUCGGUGGUAAACGUAGUCCUGGAAUAAAUGGUUGUGGUCCCACGGGACCACAAAUUCUGUCUCAUUUAAAUCAAGUUGGACAUACGCGAAGUACCAGUUAUUCUGUUAGUUAUUGUAUGAAGAAAUCAAGUGGUGGUAACACAGCUGUUAGUGAAUUGAAAGAAUUAGAUAAUAGAGGGGGUUGUAACAAAUAUCCGAAUUCUAAUCUUUCGAGAUCAAGAUCGGCACAAUCUUUGAAAUUACUCGGCGAUUCUGCUACCCAGGAUGAUAAGAUGACUAUUUUAGCACAGUUAUUCUGGUUAUCGGUUUCGCUUUUGGAAUCGGAUUAUGAACAUGAAUUUCUUCUAGCAUUGAGAUUGCUAAGUCGAGUACUUCAUAGGUUACCAUUGGAUCGUCCAGAUGCAAGAGACAAAGUUGAAAAGUUACAACAACAAUUAAGAUGGAAUUCUUUUCCCGGUGUCCAUGCUCUUCUGUUAAAGGGAUGCACAAGUCCGAAUACAUACGAGCCGGUUGUAACGUUGCUAUCACAGUUUACACCAUUAUUGGAUUUACCAGUUGUUGAUCCCACUCAAAGCUUAGCUUUUCCAAUGAACGUGGUCUCUUUACUUCCAUACAUGUUGCUGCAUUAUGAAGAUGCAAAUGAAUUGUGUAUUAGAAGUGCAGAAAAUAUAGCACAAGUAAGUGCAGAGAAAGGGAAGAAACUCGAAAAUUUGGGUACUGUAAUGACUUUAUACAGUCGUCGUACAUUCAGUAAAGAAAGCUUUCAAUGGACUAAAUGUGUCGUUAAAUAUCUUUACGAUACUUAUGCUCAUUUGAGUUUUGACAUGUUAGCCUUUUUGGUUGAGGUAUUAGAAAAGGGUCCAGGAAGUGUUGCUUUACCUGUACUCAGUAUCAUACACUGUAUAUUACAUUAUGUUGAUCUUGCAUCGCAAGCUGCUCAGCCUAUCAAUACUGAACUCUUACAAGUUAUUUCAAAAUACGUGGAAGGACCUCAUUGGAAGGAAGCAUUAAAAAUUUUAAAACUUGUAGUAACAAGAUCCUCAACUUUAGUUGCCCCACCAACAUCAAUGCAUGUACCAUCGUGGGAAUCAUCUUUGGCAUCUCCGCAUCCAAGUUUCACGGAUACGGAGAUAUUUACUAAAAAAGAAUUACCUGGCAGGACAAUGGAUUUCACUUUCGAUCUUUCCCAAACACCUGUGAUUGGAAGAAGGUGGUUAAUCAGACAAGGUAACGAAGAAAAAUCUUCGAGUUCACCACAAUGUUCUAUGUCUCUUUCACCAGCAGAAAGUACCGCAGUUUCUGGAUGGAAAAGGCCUUGGAUGUCACAGGGUCGUGUUAGAGAAUGUUUAGUGAACUUGUUAACAACGUGUGGACAAAGAGUUGGAUUACCUAAGAGUCCAUCGGUGAUAUUCAGUCAAAGUUCUGACUUAAUGGAGAGGCAAUCAUCGAUGGCGUCAUCUACAGAGGAAGUUUCUGGUGCGAACAAUGAUUUAAGUGGUGGUUCUCGACGAGACGAUGAACAAUUUGGGGUGUUCAAAGAUUUUGACUUCCUUGAAUAUGAGAGCGAAAGUGUCGAGGGUGAAAGUACGGAUAACUUUAACUGGGGUGUUAGACGACGUCCUCUCAGUGAAGGAGAGGAAAGGGAACCUAGUCUACGACAGUUUGAGGAAAGUUUGAGCGAAAAAACCCAAACGUCGAGCAAACAUACUACCAGACGGGGAGUCACGGAAGAAUCGUCUGACGAUGAAGCCGGUUCAGAAUCACCAUUGGAUGAAGUACCAAGUGGAUCAGGAGCUGGACAAGAAGCUAACAGUAUUCCAGGAAUGUUUCCACCUUCUUCUCUUUCGAUACCGAGCCGAACACGUCACGACUCAUCCACAAGGUCUGACACGUCCGGUUCUAGCGCAGGAGAUCUCGGAGAUGUGACACCUUGCAACGCGUCACCAAAUUUAUCCGCAUUAAUGCCGUUCAGACAGGUUGUCAGGGACGACGCCGAAGAAAUUUGGCGCCAACAAAUUCAAGCUCUCGUCACUCAGGCACCUUAUACCACAUUAGAUUUCUUUCAAUUAUUAAGUAGAAUUAUAAGGGAUGUGAGCAGUAAAUCAGUGGGCCUGACUCGGGAAGCAUGCGCUUUAUUAUCAAACGGCAGUCCUGCUUCUAAACAAUUAGGAUAUCAUUUAUCUAGUCACGCAGAAUUACUUAGCGCGAAAGCCGAACCACCGUUAGUUUGGUUUUCCGUUUCCAUUUUUUCGCAUCAAAGAUUGCACGAAUCUUUGCGUUUCGAAAUGUUGGAAAUACAGCAACAUCUCGAAACGUUUCCUGACAGAAAAUAUCACGCCACGGAGUGUUUGGAAACGGUAAAAGCAACGACGAAACUUCAAGCAUUAGGUGGUACCACUACGAUGGAACUUGGUUUUGAGGAAAUGUUUUUAGAUCUGGGCCGGUCAUUUUACAAAUUGCAUCUUCAAUUAUUGUUAUUGAUAAAGGCAUCGAACAAAAUGUUAGGAAUAUUAAUAAGUGCCGCGAGAAACGUACAGAUACCCUUACAAGAUAUAUCAACUGAAAUAUCUAAUAUGAAGACAGCAUUGAGUAGAGCUUUGGAAGAAAGUACCGAAAGUGAACGAGGUACACCGACUCCAACGCCCAGUCCUAGUCCUUUGCCAGCUGUUGGAGCCGUUGAAGAUAUCGCAAGGGUUGCCGAACUUCUUAGAAAUGCAAGAUGGUGUCCAGCUUUGGAAGCUGUUAGAUUACACAGAGCUCAAUGGCCUGGUGAUCCUUUCCACGAUGACGAUGAUGUAACAACAGCCGUUAACAUGUAUUGUAAACACUUGGGACAAGAUAGAUCUGAUAUUUUCGUGGUCACCCGAACUGACGAUGAAAUGGUUGAAAUCUUUAAUAAACUCAUGAGCAGUUUAUUUCAAGUUCUUACAUCUGUGACAGGUCUCGAGGGAUCCGCGAAAUCAGCGCGUGCACAACAGGAUCAUUCUAAUCAUUCGAAAAACGACUGUUAAUUUAUAAGCAUUUUAGUAUUAUUGACAACUUGCCUAAACGUAUAUAAGAGCUCUUACAAAUUUUAAUAAUCUUUAUGAAUGUAUCGCGUAGCAUAAAAUUCGUAGAAAAAAGAAAAAAGGGGUGAGAGAGAGAGAGAGAAUAUAUCGAGAAGAAACAGAAGAAAGAAAGAAAGAAAAAAAAAAAAAGAUUAACGAGAGCAAAAGUACGAAAUCGUUGUCUUAUUUUUUUUUAAUCUUAUUUCGUGUAUAUUUUUUUCUCCUUUUUUUACAUUACGUCUUGCUUUUAAUAUCAUAUAAGUAACGUUAAAAGAUUAUUUAUGAAAAAGAAGAACCAAAAAUAAACGUACUGAUGCUCGACAAAAAUAAUAUCGAUCUAUGUUUUGUAAAGAAAAAAUGGCGGCGGACACUCCGACGUAUAAUUUUCGGUUAUUGAUUAGCGAAUACGAUCUUGAAUCAUGCUUCAACGUAAAGAAUUUUGCUUGCCGAUUUAUCAAGAAAGCUAUUAAAAAAGCUACGAGAAUAAUAAGUGACAUGGUUUGUUAACAAAAAUUUCUUUAUCAUUUUAUUAAACUGAUUAUUUAAAAAUUCGAUACUUUAUAGGACGAUAUUUCUGAUCUAACGGUGCGAAGAAAUUCUACUGUUACCAGAUCAUUGAGUUAUUUUGGCGUCGAGUGGCCCACUUGUGGUAAUAUUGAUAAACAAAAUAUUUCAAUCAGUCUCCAAAAUGAAAUGAAAGCGUGGAAUAAUUUGCCGGUAAAUUUGAAGAAAAUAAUUAAAUGAAAGAAAAAUUUUUCAAGAGAAAAAACAUAUCUGACAUAUGCGAAUUACGCGUUUUUAGGAAUUAAAGGAUUGGAU